AGGGUGGUAUGAGGGCCCGACGUCCUUUUUAAGUAAAGGGUUAUUUAAUCUCGUACAAAGAACCAAAACGUAAUGUAUAGAUCCCCAAAUAACCUUUUUUUCUAAGAUACACUCUACUGUUGCUACAUUGUAGGCAGUGGUGUAGUGGUACUGGUCAUCAAAAGUUGGCUUCAAUAGGCUCUUCACCAGGGUUAGUUUUUACAAUCUGAAAUCAAUAAAGUCAAAAACCAUGUUACACUGUGAUGUGAUUUUAAAGAAACGGCCUUGACAGGACAGAAAGGGUGGGACAUGUACUAUUAUUUAUGGUUGAGUGUUUAUUUUGUCGACGCUUCCAAAAAACACUGGGUUACGUCAUGUAUUGGAACUUUGCUCCAAUCAGGACUCGCUCUGAACUAACGUCUAUGGCUUUGAAGCGGGAGGGCUCAGCGUCAAUGCUACCAACAAUGGCCGAGAUUCAAAAACACCGGCAAAGCGACAUCCACCAGCAAGCGGCCAACAGCCACCUGCAACAGACCCAUGCUAGGGCUACCUGAGAGAAGUUACUAUUGUGGUUUAGUAUUGGACAGUCUAUGGGUUGAUUAGGCUAGCUAAGCAGAGAACCCUGUAUUGACAGAAGGAGUGUCAGCAGCAAGACUAGGCGCUCUUGGAAUAAAAGAAAAAGAGGCGCCCAAAUCUGUCCCUUCCGUGGACGGGUCCCCUCUCUGCGCUUUGAGCGCCACUCUCGCGGAGCUAUCGCAACAAUGGACUCAGGUCUCCACGGGGAGCCCACUCUGUGUGCCACAUCUCAGUGGGUCAGUGGUGGAUAUGCCUCGUAACGUGUGUUCUUUCCCAUGUUAACAUCGUUCUCUGGUAGUGUUUCCUUCACUCGCGUUUGGUAGGUCCAGAGGAAUAGGACUGAAGAUGCCUGGACGGAACAGGUACAAUCUGGUGGACGAUGUCGCGGAUUCGCGGGUCCCCCUCCAUAACGAAGAAGCGUACCAACACGGGAUACAUUUUCAAGCUAAGUAUGUGGGCAGUCUGGAUGUUCCCAGGCCCAACAGUCGUAUGGAGAUCGUAGCAGCCAUGAGGAGGAUCAGGUAUGAGUUCAAGGCCAAGAACAUCAAGAAGAAAAAAGUGAGCAUCAUCGUGUCUGUGGACGGAGUCAAGGUAGUCCUCCGGAAGAAACAGAAGAGGAAAGAGUGGACCUGGGACGAGAGCAAGAUGCUGAUCAUGUCUGACCCCAUAUACAGGAUUUUCUACGUGUCUCAUGACUCCCAGGACCUGAAGAUCUUCAGCUACAUCGCCAGAGAUGGCUCCAACAACUCCUUCAGGUGUAACGUCUUCAAAUCCAAGAAGAAGACCCAGGCCAUGCGUAUAGUGCGUACGGUGGGCCAGGCGUUUGAGGUGUGUCAUAAGCUUAGUCUGCAGCACGCCCAUCAGGGUAUAGAUGGACAGGCAGACGGAGAGAGUGAGAAGUCCACAGAGGACAGCCCCGCUGAGGGUCGUCAGUUGACAGGGGUGGAGGAGGAGGAGGGGAGUGGAGAGGAAGGGGAGCCCCAGGCACAGUCCCAGUCUGUGUGUGAGCAGGCGGUCAACGAGAUCCUCCAGAGUCUGGCCCAACUUAACGUGGUCCAGCCUGGACACACCAUCAUGGACUAUGAGAGCCGCUCCAGCUACAUGGUGUCUCCGAAUGGCGUGGUUUCUCCCAGCAGCCCCUGCUCUCCGCUUCUGACCCCGCUGGCGGCGCAUCACUACCUCCAGCUCCUCCAACAGCAGAUCCAGCAGCAGCAGCAACACACACAGGUGGCUGUCGCACAGGUGCAGCUCCUGAAGGAUCAGAUGUCAGUGGAGACCGCAGCUCGUGUAGAGGCUCAGGCUCGUGUCCACCAGCUGCUACUACAGAACAGAGACCUGCUCCAGCACCUGUCCCUGCUGGUCACACAGCUCAAACACCUGGAGAGCAAGGCACCGGGACCGGGGGAGAGACACACAACUGGACUGGGACCGGGGGAGAGACAGGAUCACAAUGAUCAGGAGUCGUCAUGGACGACCAGGUCUCUGUCACUCAACCUGAAAAACCAUUACAGCUUGAGCAGCAUGGACCAGCCCAUCACCUCCACCCCUGCAGGGCCACUCCAAACCCCCCCCCUCACCGCUUCCCAGGUGGAUGGUGCCGAGUCCUACCUCAACCUCCUCAACCUGGAGAAUGGGACCAAACCACUGGGCUCUCAAAACGGGGGGGAGACGGAGACAGACACACUCAUCAGAAGAACAUCCAAUGGGAAGCCAGGGCGGAAAGACAGCUCGGAAGUGUCGUCAAAUGAGAUUGUGCGGUUCGAAACAAGGAAUUUGACAGCCCUGGAUGAAAGGUUUAAACAGAUCAUCCCUAAAUUGGACCCGCCUCCCCCGUCCUUCAACCGUAAGCGAGCCAGCCGAACUGUCUCUCCGGGGUUGGAGUUCAACCCGCUGACCAUGCCCCUGACCACACAAGUAGACGGGAAUGGUGGCGUUCCGAGCCGGAGCGAGAGCCUGUCCUUCCCGGACAUCACGCCCUGCUCCCUCUCUUCCGGACUCUCAGGAGACUUCCACCAGCUCAGCAACGGAGGCGGCGAGAGCGGCUCGUGCGGCUCAGCUAGCGAGGAUUCCGGCGUCCGCUCCGAGACUAAAUCGCAUCUCUCGCCCCUCCACGACGAAGAGGACCCGUUUGGGGACAGGGGGGCAUUCCUGACUGCCUCUAGCGGCUGUGGCAGCCCCCUAGAAGACAUGAAGGGGGAAACUGCGCCCCUGUCAUGCGUCACCACCACCCCAGGCACACACGCGGACAGCUACGAGCACACGCUCCCCUUCUCCUCCCCCAUCAAUGACACCUGUCUGCACAUCAGCUUCUCAGAGGAUGAGUUGCUGGACAGCAGCCCUGAGGACUCCAGUGUCCCACAACGGAGCUAGGAAGACGGGCUGGGAGAGCUACUACAGGCCGUGACUUCAUUUGAGGCCUCUGGGGCUGGGGGCUCCUAGCUGACUGACACUGAUGCUGCAACAGACACCACACAAUAAAAUGACUGACACAGACUGUUAUCAGAGCUUCUAACGCACUCUGAAAUGCAAUAGUGUUUUGUAGGCCUCAUUCGGUCCAUAUUCCUAAAAUGUUGAGUGAGCUGGAUUUCAAGACUAGUUUUUCUGUCCUUUCACAACACACAGCUGGACAGAAUUGCGCAUGACCUGAACAUAUUUCAACACAUUCACAGAAAAGGAACAUCAAAGGAUCUAUUAUUCUAUAAAUUAUUGCCAUAUGGACAGAUCCUAGUAUUUUUUAUAGAGAAUAAUGAUUGUAUUUGUUAUUAGUAAAUAAGUAGAGAAUUGAGAAUAAUCAUGUAGCAGAAGUCUUUCACUGUUAAUGUAGCCUAUAGUGUCAGUGACAAGUUAGUAGUCAAGAUGCUUUAGAUGUAUUUCAUUACAUGCUCUCAACUCAUUUACAGGGUGUUCAACACCAAGCGUUACAGAAGUCAAAGUGACAUACUGUAGGAAUGUUGUGGGAACGUUGUGGGAACGUUGUGGGAACGUUGUGGGAACGUUGUGGGAACGUUGUGGGAACAUUGGAUGUGAAGUGCUGUGACGUUGAGAACAGCUGCCCUCUCUCAGGCAUCAGACUAUGAAGAGUUAUGAAGAAAGGAACAGGGAAGUGAUAGAAAAGGAACAGCGAAUGGAAGAGAAGUGGUGAUGGAACUGUGUUUGUGUGUUUGGUCACUCACACUCAUACUCACAGUGUGGUAGUUUGAUGAUGUGUUUGGUCACUCACACUCACACUCACAGUGUGGUAGUUUGAUGAUGUGUUUGGUCACUCACACUCAUACUCACAGUGUGGUAGUUUGAUGAUGUGUUUGGUCACUCACACUCAUACUCACAGUGUGGUAGUUUGAUGAUGUGUUUGGUCACUCACACUCAUACUCACAGUGUGGUAGUUUGAUGAUGUGUUUGGUCACUCACACUCAUACUCACAGUGUGGUAGUUUGAUGAAUGUUGGUUUUAGGGCUAGAAGAGGCAAUGUGAUUGGCUGAAUGUUGGUUUUAGGGCUAGAAGAGCCAAUGUGAUUGGCUGAAUGUUGGUUUUAGGACUAGUAAACAGCUCUGAUCGGAAAAGCUGGCAAAUGGCCUGAUCAGCAGUGAAACCUAACAUAUGGUGUUACAUAUCCAAGUGGAAUGGUGUUAUUAGAUGAAUGGUGAGGCAUGAAAGGUUUUAUAGCCCCUCUUAAUGGCAAAAGGUUUUCAGGGAUUUUUAGCUUUGAUCAGAAGACCUACAGAGUGGAACAAUAAUUGGGAAUCAGCGAGAGGCCUCAGGAGAAAAGACAAACUCACUGAUGAAUUAUAUCUCUCUCUCUCUCUCUCUAUUUCACUUUCUCUAUUUAUCUAUCUAUCUCUCUGAAGUUCGGAAUGACAGGGUAUUUUUGCUAAGCCUGAGAGUUUGGGUCUCAGUUUAAAUGAAGGAGAUAGUGACAUUACUGCUGAGUGUUUGUUCAUUUGGGGAAUGGGAGGAAGCGAGAGAUAGGAAAAAGUGUCAUAACAGGUUAAAACAGGGUUAGUUCAGUAAUUGUCUGUAAACAUGGUCUCAUGGUGAGAAACAUGGCGAUUGUCUCAUCUCCAUACUUACACAGGCUUUCUGUAUGACAACUACAACAAUAACAGAUAUAUUUAUAUGCAUGACUAGUCUAGGGCUUUAUUUCUGGCCAGGUCACAUGGUCAUGAACAACUCCUGGCCUUGAGAGUGAGAUAAUGAGAUUGAGUUAAACUGACGACUUAAAAUGAAUUGAACAAUAGUACCUACUCUAAAUGUAGGCUUAUUCUGGAUGGCAGUUUGAGGUGAUGACGAGGUGGUUAAGGAGAGAUAUGAUUGGACGGCAGUACGGGUGUCGACUGGUGAUUGGCAAGAAGGAAUCGGAGGAGCUGAAGAGAGGGCGGCUUUUCUUUCCCACACUUUGAAGGAGAGAAACACAGCAAUAAUAAAGGAAUGAAUGAAUAAAAGACGAGUUGAACAAC